AUGUCAACUCGAGAGACGCCCAAAUCCAAGAAACAGAACGUGACUGUGAAUCCAUCGGCAUCUUCGUCUGCUUCACAACGCUCGACAAGGAGGAAAGAUCAAGUAUACGACCCGGUCAACAUCGGCCUCGACGUGGUGGCAAAUAUAGCCGAGGGAUCUGAUAUACUUGCUCCUCUCAAGGCAGCUUGUCGGACAACAAAAUCAAUUCUCGAACUCAUACAGGGGGUAGACCACAACCAAGAAGAUUGGACAGACUUAGCCCGACGUCUCGAGGAAUAUCUUUCUGGCAUCGAAAAUCAAAUCGACGCGUUUGAAAAAUAUCCUCCAGAGGAAAGGGACGUAGACGAAGCCUUCAGUCAACCACUCAUUCAUUAUGUCAAGCUACUCGAGGGUAUUCACGAGGUGGUGGCCCGUUGCAGGCAUAAACGAAGCCGCACCGGUCUUGGUGCAUUUACUGCAAUAAGCAAAGUGAAGAUAGACGUAGAAGAGAUACGCAAGUUCAACCGCAAUAUCGAGGAUCACCAUAGGCAACUCAUCGAACAGCUGACCCUUUUCUCUGCAUACCGCGUUCAAACUAUCGAACGGAAAAUCACCGAUGCCAAAGCCAAAGUGGAAAUGAUCCUGUCGGACGUUGAUGCGUCCGCUAUACUUCAGCUGCCAAUGGUUUCAUUUGUCGCAUCCUCAGUUCACCACACCUGCCUCCAAGGGACUAGACAGGCCGUUCUCGAGACAAUCUGGCAGUGGGCAAACGAUGACAUGUCCCAAAAGCCCAUAUUUUGGCUCUGUGACAUAGCCGGCUCAGGCAAGUCCACAGUUGCAAUGUCUGUGGCGCAAGAAUGGAAGGCAGAAGGAACCCUCGGUGGUCAGUUCUUCUUCUCCUUGGCCAACAGCGAGGCAUCCAGCACCGAGAAAUUUUGCUCGACGAUAGCUAGAGAACUCGCUCAGCAAAUGCCCGAACUUGCACCGCACAUCGCCGACACCGUGAAACGGAAUCCCGCUAUCAUGCGCAGUUCCUUCCCAGACCAGCUGCGAAGUUUGAUCACGACUCCACUGCACCAUCGACAGAUGAGCGUGUUCCUUGUUAUUGACGCAAUCGACGAAUGUAAAUCCGGAGGACAGCGAAAGGAGCUUCUUGACGGGCUUGCGAUGGUUGCUCGAGAGACCAGAAAUCUCAAGAUAUUCAUCACCAGUCGGCCAGAUCCCGUCAUCGAGUCGGUCUUACAGCCACUGUCGAUCAAAUCGGAGUUGAAGGACCGUCUCCACGAUGUCAACCAUCACGACAACAUUGACGAUAUUGCGACCUAUAUAAAUCAAUCAUUACAUGAAGUUCUCUCACCAGACAAGAGAAAGCGACUGGUCGAAAAAGCCAACGGGUUGUUCAUCUGGGCGAGCACCGCAUGCCGAAUGCUCACUAGUGAAACGACUUUGGAAUCCCCUGAAGGCAUAUACGAUCUUCUAGUCUCAGCGGAUCAGAGUGGAGAUAUAGACGAUGUAUACAAGUUGGUUUUCGAGCGUAUAGACUCGAAAUCCUACACAACCAUGUGUAGUAUGCUCGCUCUACUACUUGCAGCAUUUGACCCGCUUAGCAUUGAUGAUUUGGAGGACAUAUUCAAGCAUGUCGGGGUCAAGUGGAAUGCAAAGGCAUUGGUACGGAACCUAGGGAGCGUCCUUGUCGUGGAUGCAGGUACCAACCUGAUCCAAUUCCGUCACCCCACGCUGGUCGAAUACCUACGACGCUGUUCCCGCUCCCCACCAGUUGACAAUGGCAGCCACCUCUCUCUGAACAUCGCGAAUGCGCAUGGGCAAAUUGCAUCGUGGUGUCUUAGACGUCUGACAUCGCGGAUCGAUGGCCCCAAAUUCAAUAUAUGUCAACUCGAGUCGUCGUUCUACCUGAAUAGGGAGAUCUCAGACAUCGACGCCAGAAUAUCAAGGUUCAUUCCACAGAGACUUCGAUAUGCCAGCUCCCAUUGGUUGUUUCAUACGGCGGAGACCGACGAGACGUGGCGAUCCGCACUCAGAAACAAGCUUUAUGACAGCGUUAAAUUUCCAUACGUGCUAUACUGGAUAGAGAUUCUGAGCUUUAUUGGAGGAGUCCCACGGGCAAUCGCCGGAUUGCAAGCAGUUUCCGGCUGCAAAGCCGUCGAAGAGAGGACUAAAAGCAGGAUAGACGAGACUCGACGGUUUAUAAUGGCGUUUUCUGUGCCGAUACAGGAGAGCGCCCCACACAUCUACAUCUCUUCACUUCCAUUCACUCCGAAAAACUCCAAGCUGCACGUUGAGGGGGGGCUUGAAGCGAUGUAUCCUAGCCUCCCCAGGAGUCUUCGGGGCCCUGAAGGUGAGGUGAAAGGUGUCGUGUUUUCGCCAGACGGCUCGAAAAUCGUCUCCGGUUCGAGUGACAAGACCAUUCGACUGUGGGAUGCAAUCACUGGUCAAUCGUUGGGAGAACCACUCAAAGGUCACGAAGGAGAGGUCAAUGCCAUCGCAUUCUCGCCAGACGGCUCUCAAGUUGUGUCUGGCUCAGCUGACAAGACUAUUCGACUUUGGGAUGCAGCCUCCGGUCAGUUGCUGAGAAAGCAGCUCUAUGGUCACGAAGGAGAAGUCAAUACCAUCGCAUUCUCACCAGAUGGCACACGAAUUGUAUCUGGCUCGUCCGAUCAGACAAUUCGGUUGUGGGAUGUAGCCAGUGGUCAGUCGUUGGGAGGGCCACUCCAAGGUCACACGGGGAGGGUCAAUGCCGUAGCAGUCUCUUCAGAUGGCUUACGAAUUGUAUCUGGCUCGAAGGACUGCACCGUUCGAUUGUGGGAUGCAAUCACUGGUCAAUCGUUGGGAGAACCACUCAAAGGUCACGAAGGAGAGGUCAAUGCCGUCGCAUUCUCGCCAGAUGGCUCAAAAAUCGUAUCUGGAUCGUCCGAUAAGACCAUCCGGUUUUGGGAUGCAGACACUGGCGAGUCUUUGGGAGAGCCACUCGAAGAGCACGAGGGAGAGGUUAAUGCCGUCGCAUUCUCGCCAGAUGGUAUGCGAAUCGUAUCUGGCUCGUCUGAUGAAAGCAUUCAACUGUGGGAUGCCGUCACUUGCCAGCCUUUGGGAGAGCCACUUGAAGGUCACAGAUUCACGGUCGGAGCCGUCGCAUUCUCGCCAGAUGGCUCACAGAUCGUAUCUGGCUCAGAAGAUAACACCAUUCAACUGUGGAAUACAUCCACUGGCCAGUCUUUGGGAGAGCCAUUCCAAGGUCACGAAUUAUCGGUCGAAAUCGUCGCGUUCUCGCCAGAAGGUUCACGAAUUGUAUCUGGCUCUUCCGAUACAACCAUUCGACUAUGGGAUACAACCAGUGGCCAGUCUUUGGGAGAGCCACUCGAGGGUCACGAUCAACGGGUCAAUGCCGUCGCCUUCUCGCCAGAUGGCUCACGAGUCGUAUCUGGAUCGUUUGAUAAGACCAUUCGGUUGUGGGAUGCAACCACUGGCCAGUCUUUGGGAGAGCCACUCGGAGGUCACGAUGGAGAGGUCAAUGCUGUCACAUUCUCGCCAGAUGGCUCGCGAAUUGUAUCUGGCUCGGAUGAUUGCACCAUUCGAUUCUGGGAUGCAGUUGCUGGCCAGCCUUUGCGUAGUCUGUGGGCAGCCUACGGAACCUUUUUUCCUGUCGCAUUCUCAUCAGACGGAUUGCGAAUCGCCUCUGGUUCGCAUGACCAUACCAUUCAAAUAUGGGAUCUAACCAUUUGUCGGCCAUUGGGAAAGCCAUUCCAGGGCCACAAAGGACCGGUCACUUCCGUCGUAUUCUCGCCAGACGGCUCAAAACUCGCAUCUGGCUCAUCCGAUCAGACCAUUCGGUUGUGGGAUUUAGCCACUGGUCAGUCUUUGGGAGAGCCACUCGAAGGUCACGAUGGGCGGGUCAAUGCCGUCGCAUUCUCGCCAGAUGGCUCACGAAUCGUAUCUGGCUCCGAUGAUCAGACCAUUCGGUUGUGGGAUGCAACCACUGGCCAGUCUUUGGGAGAGCCACUCGUAGGUCACGAUGGAGAGGUCAAUACUGUCGCAUUCUCGCCAGAUGGCUCGCGAAUCGUAUCUGGCUCCGAGGAUCGCACCAUUCGAGUUUGGAUUGCAGCCACUGGUAACUAUCGCUCGGUGUAUCCCCAAUUAUGUUCCAUGAUCUGA